AUGAAAUUUUUAUGUUUACCCGGAGGAUACUCCAACUCCAAGGCCCUCCAAACACAGCUUGGGCCAUUUUGUGACGCACUCAGAUCAAAUGGCGAAGCCAACUUCUUCUUCACUCAGGGAACAUCCCCGGUGAACCCACCACCCGAAUUCCAGGGUUUCUUUGGACCACCGCCAAACUAUACAUUCAAUACUGUCGACUUUCCUGAACUCGUGAAGUUCAACAUGAGGGAUUUCCCAAGACGCGAUACCCCCGAGGCAACAAUCAAAUAUGCGAUUCAAAAGGCCGGAAAUCCUACCUUCUCCGCAGUUGCAGCUGCGAUGACUCGAUUAAUUGAUCUUCUGGAUAGCGAUCCAGAAAUUGAGGGCCUCAUCGGUUACUCCGAGGGCGCUGAAGUAGCCGCAAGUCUCAUUCUAGAAGAAGAAAGGCGCAGGAAAGCAUUUGGAAGAAUACCGCGAAUUAAAUGUGCUGUCUUUAUUUGCGGCUGGCCUGCCAAAGAUCCAAUCUCUGGUAGCAUCGUUUUGGCCGACGAUUUCGAUUGCGAACCGAUCACUAUUCCCACUUGUCAUGUUGUUGGGGCAGCGGAUCCGUUCCUGGAUGGAUCUAUGGCGCUUUACAAUUGUUGCGAUCCGGAUACGGCAGACUUAUUCGACCAUGGUGGUGGCCAUGUUAUCCCCCGCAAUAAGCAGACUCUAUCUGAUCUUUCUGAGGUGAUCCGAGAUAUGAUCAUUUCUGUGGCAUAG